AUGAGGCAGUCUUUGUGCAGUCUUCAGUCAAACCUCGCCCGUGAAGACACGGGUCGUACAACCAGGCAGCCUAAAGAAGGAGAGGUUCCAGGAGUGGACUACAAUUUUGUGACCGUUGAGCGGUUUGUGGAAUUGGAGAGAAGUGGAGCUUUGCUGGAAAGUGGAACUUAUGAAGAUAACUAUUACGGCACCCCGAAGCCCCCGGCAGAGCCCAGCCCACUGCUGCUGAAUGUAGCUGAGCAGCUGUUGCCAGGCGCUACACCCAGAUCCCAGGGCAAACGCAGACGUAACAAGUCCGUCAGCAACAUGGAGAAGGCUGGCAUUGAGCCGCCCGAGGAGGAAGAGGAGGAGAGGCCCGUCAUCAACGGCAACGGAGUGGCCAUCACCCCAGAGUCCAGUGAACAUGAAGACAAGAGUACGGAUGCCUCAGGAGAGAUGCCCACCACAUGCCCCUCUGAAACCUCCACAGAUGCCCCUAGAGAAGAGACAGAACCACCAAAAUCACCUCCCAAACCAGACGAGAAUGACGAGUUGGGUCCUCUGCCAGAUAAUUGGGAGAUGGCUUACACUGAGAAAGGAGAAGUGUACUUCAUAGACCACAAUACGAAGACGACGUCCUGGUUGGACCCCCGGCUUGCGAAGAAAGCGAAGCCCCCUGAAGAAUGCAAAGAGAAUGAGCUUCCUUAUGGCUGGGAGAAAAUCGAUGACCCUGUUUAUGGAACCUACUAUGUUGAUCACAUAAACCGAAGGACUCAGUUUGAGAAUCCAGUUCUAGAGGCCAAGAGAAGAUUGCAACAGCAGCAGCAGAUGCAGAGCCAGGGCUUGUCCUCUCUCCCCCUACCUACAGUCUACAGAGAAAAGCCUCUGUUCACACGGGACCCCACGCAGCUGAAGGGCAGCUUUCUGUCUUCAGCCCUGCAGAAAAGCAACAUGGGAUUUGGCUUCACUAUCAUCGGGGGUGACGAACCAGAUGAGUUCCUACAGGUCAAAAGUGUCAUACCGGAUGGACCUGCUGCACAGGAUGGGAAAAUGGCUACAGGAGACGUGAUUGUCUACAUUAAUAACGUCUGCGUCCUGGGCACCACCCACACUGACGUUGUGAAGCUUUUCCAGUCGGUGCCAAUCGGACAAAGCGUAACCCUCGUCCUUUGCAGGGGUUACCCUCUUCCGUACGACCCGGAGGACGCAGCCAGCACUUUGCUGUCCCCCCUCGGCCUGAUUGAUCGCCCUCUGCUGGUCAACGGACGGAAUAGCUACGACAGCUACAUGGAGUACAUCUCCCGCACUGCUCGCUUCGUCGACCCAAUGCAAGCGAUGUUGGCGCAGCCCCACCCUGGAGACACCCACCUGGAUGCAGGACCGCUGGAGGACUGCGUCUCAAUGGCGUCUUCAGGAGCAGCCGGAGGAGAGCUGUUAACAGUUACCAUGGUGAAAGGGGCGGAUGGGUUUGGAUUCACCAUAGCAGACUGUAAUGGAGGACAGCGGGUGAAGCAGAUUCUGGAGGCGCAGGGAUGCCCGGGGCUGUGCGAGGGUGAUCUGAUUGUGGAAAUUAACCAGCAAUCCGCGCUAACGCUAUCACACACACAGGUGGUGGAGCUGCUAAAAGAGUGUCCUGUUAGGGCGGAGGCCACGCUGGUUGUGCAGAGAGGAGGGACAGGUCACUUUUCACCUUGGAAGACCUCUAAACAGGUCUUGGAACAUUGGGAUCCUCACAGCAGUCCCACAGCCAGUCUAUCUAUCCAUGCUCUCCCUCACAGCGCUCCAUAUCUGCACUGGCCUUCAGGUCCAGAGUUUGACCUGACCAAACCUGACCCCUAUGACCUCUAUGAGAAGUCCAGGGCUAUCUAUGAAAAUAGGCAGCCAGGGCUUCCUCGAGCAGCUCUCCCAGCUGACCCUUCCGCAUCAGAGUUCCAGGAGGUGGAGGUGCACUUGCGCAGACAGAAGUCCGGUUUCGGCUUCAGGAUCCUGGGCGGAGAGGAACCAGGACAGCCUGUGAGUCUGGAGGCUCAGGAGAAGAUCCUGAUUGGUGCAAUCAUCGAGAAGAGCCCAGCAGAUAAAGACGGGCGUCUCCGGCCAGGAGAUGAGCUGAUGUCAGUCGAUGGGAUCCCUGUGGCUGGAAAACCCCACCGUUACGUCAUUGACCUCAUGCAUGGGGCGGCCCGGACUGGACAGGUUAAACUCACUGUACGAAGGAGAAUUCAGACCACAGGUGAACCCUGUCCAGAGAACGGCCGCAGCCCUGGAUCGACCCAGCACAGUUCCCCCAGGAGUGACUUCAACUCCAGAAUGUUCUGUAACAACUCCGCCCCCUCUCAAAACUCCGCCCCAUCUACCACAGGCUCCUCCCCACCAGACACUGUAGCCAAUCAGAAUCUGCAGCCUAGUGAUGUCACCAUCCAGCGCAAGGAGAGCGAAGGGUUCGGAUUCGUUAUUAUCAGUUCUCUGAACAGGCCUGAAACCGCGGCUGCUGCUGCCGUGCCUCAUAAGAUCGGCCGGAUCAUUGAGGGAAGUCCAGCAGACCACUGUGGGAAGCUCAAGGUUGGAGAUCGCAUAUUGGCCGUCAACAAUCAGUCUAUCGUCAACAUGCCACAUGCCGACAUCGUCAAACUGAUCAAGGACGCGGGACUCAGCGUCACACUCAGGAUCAUCCCUCAGGAGGAGACGAACAGCACGCCUUCUGCAGGCAGCUCAGAGAAGCAGAGCCCUAUGGCCCAGCCCAGUCCAGUUUGCCAACCCAGCACUGUGAACCAGACCGGUGCUGCACCUCCACCUAACUCCACCCCUCAACCCAACUCUGCACCUCAACCCAGCUCCAUAACGCAGCCUACUUUAGAAGCACAACCGAGCCCUGUCACUCAAACCAGCCCAGCCAAUCAGCUCAGCUCAGUGACCCAACAGAACCCACCCACCCAGCCUUUCAUCACCAAAUGCCAUUGGUUCUGCUCUGAUUGGUUGUUCAGCUACAGGUCAGAGGUAAAAGCAAGACAGGAUGUAAAACCCGAUAUUCGACAGCCGUUCACUGAUUACCGCCAACCCCCAGUGGACUACCGACACCCUCCUGUAGCAGAUUACCGACAGCCACCAACGCUCGAUUACAGACACCCCCCACUGCUGGACUACAGGCAGCUGUCCACUGACCCUCGCACCUUCCCCUUACCGGACUACAGGAUGCCACAGGAUUUUGAUUUCUUCACGGUUGAGCUGGAAAAGGGUAUGAAAGGUUUUGGCUUUAGUAUCCGUGGAGGCCGCGAGUAUAAGAUGGAUCUGUUCGUUCUGCGAUUGGCUGAAGACGGACCAGCAAUACGCAAUGGAAGAAUGAGGGUUGGUGAUCAGAUCAUUGAAAUAAAUGGGGAGAGCACGAGGGAUAUGACCCACGCUCGGGCCAUUGAGCUCAUCAAAUCGGGUGGCUGUAGAGUUCGCCUGCUGCUCAAGAGAGGCACAGGCCAGGUCCCUGAAUAUGCAGAUAGUCCCGCCCCCUGGGAUGCUCACACUACAGCCUCUCCAAGUCUGUCGGAAGUAGCACCACCCCUCGACAGCUUAUCUAAUCCAUCAGCUUCUUCUCAUGUGAACCCACCCACCGACCCACCUCAUACAUCGUCCUUGGAAGCAGCAGGUCUAGACUGUUCCCAGGGUCCUAGAGGCCCAGAGAGUAGGGCUCUGGAGCAGGCCAGUGUGGGGAAGAGGUCAGCCCUGACAGGUGGAGUUGGGGAUGGGACCAAGCAGAGGGAGGGCAGCAGGACCAACCGUCGCUCUAUUGGAGGGAAGAGUCAGCAACAAUACCUUGAUGAAUUUGCGGGAGAGCCCAAAUCCCACAAAGGCAGCCAGGCGAAGUCCAAGGAGCGCAGGAGGGAGCGGAGCAAUACACCGUCUCGAAAGCGAGACUCGCCCAAAACUUCUCCAAAUGACACCAACAUGAAUGGGGGAAAUGGAUGCCUGGAUGGUAGCAACAACCAACAAGGAGCUCUGGUGCCAUUCAAAGCCCAACCAAAGGAACCAGAGAAAGGGCAAAUUAGCCAAGAGAGUCGUCCCAGCCACAACUCCAAGACCAGCAGCAGUGCAUCAGGCAGGAAGGCCACAGUAUCCCCAGGGCCCUGGAAGAUCCCUGGUUCAAACAAGCUACCCAGUACCCUGCGCUCUGCCACCUCCACCAUCAGCAGAUAACAUCUUAUCACAAUCUCAGGCCCAAGUUUAGACCUUACUUUUGGCCUUGACUUCUUUUGGCCAAAUUUUGGACCAACCUUUGGCUAUGAUCCGCCUUGUUUUGGGACUGGACGGGCUCUUCUUGAUUGCUUUACACAGGCUUGCUCUACUUGAAAGCAAUCGUUUUAACCUUGACUAGGUACCACCCUCCCACAAUACUCACUAAAGAACUUUCCAUGCAUUUCUAGACAGAGCAUUUUUUAUUUAUAUUUUAUUCUAAGUUAUUUUAACAGAUAUGACACCCACCACCUUAAGAACUGGAAGCAUUCACUCCAAAAAUGGAACCACGGUAGAAUGAGUGAUGCAUGUAGCGUGCAAAAAGAUUCUCAGACUUGUUUGAACUGUUGGGGAAAAGCACUCAAGACUCAGAUAUGUACAUGCAUAGAGAACCACUUACUGAGUCUGAACCACCUCUGGUGGCUACAGCAAUUUUUAUACACUUUCAUUAAAAAAAAUGAAGAAUACUGAAGGAGUUGCCUGACAUACAGUUUUUGUGUAUUUGAAGAAUGAAUAUGAUUAAAAAGAUUCUAUAUGAGUGGACACUCGACUAUGAACUCUGCCUUAAAGACUGACCUGCAGAUGUCUGUAUAAGGGUCGGUAAAAUGAAUAUAGAAAUAGAUAUAUUAUAUGACUACAUGUAUGUGAGACAUAUUGUAAAUAUGGUCUUUACACACCAUUGUGAGCCCAUACUGAAGUACUGAUAUCAUACACAGUGUAAGUUAGAUGAGUGUAAUCUAGAAUUCAUUCCUACUCCACUUUAAGGUUCGUUCCCACUGACAUUGAUAUAAACUUGAGUGGUUGCUCAUAGGUGUUUCUACUCAACUUCAAUACAGAACUGUAACAGGAAACGGAUCACAUGGCCUUCAAUGUCUACACUGACAUCGGUAGUUGCUGCAGCCUCAAGUUGUCUCUUAAAAUCGUAAACUCUCAUUGAUGAUUUAUGACAACCGGUUGCUGCAAAUCGCUGUCAGUGUGAGUACCCAAUUUCUGAAGGGGCCAAUGGGCUUUGACCUUCUCUUGACUCUCAAUCUAUUCUCCCUUUACGUGAGUACAUGAACAAAGCAAUUUGAGUCCAAGAUGGUUUCGAUGAAAUGGUUUGAUUAGGGCAGAGUGCCUUAUGCCAGGGGUGUCCAAUCUUGCUCCUGGAGGGCCACUGUCCUUUAGAGCUUAGCUCCAAUACUAAUUAUAUACACCUGGACCAGCUAAUCAAGGUCUUCGGGAUUACUAGAAACAUCCAGGCAAGUGUGUUGGGGCAGGUUGGAGAUCAACUCUGCAGUACAUUGGCCCUCCAGGAGCAGGAGUGGACACCCCUGCCUUAUGCUGACCACUUGAUGCUUUAUUUGAGCUCUAAAUCCUAAUGACAUCAAGACAAAGAAAAACUUAGGCUGCUAUAAAUUCAUUGGACUACUUGUUCCGUAGAAACUGUGCAAAAGUAAUGCCAGAUCUGAAUAAGUAUGCCGUUACAUCCGUGUCUCUGAAUGCUGAUUGGUGUCUAGAGAGACCAGUUUAUGUCCACAGUAUAGAUAUAUCAAUAUAAAAUUCAAAGCUAUUUUCGUACAUAGAAAUAGAGGUGAGAGUCUUCUAAAAGAAGUGCAGAUAUUUAUUAAUGAUAUCUUUGACAGGAGUUCAAAUGUUUGUUGAGCACUUUGUCUUUAAGUAGACGUGUACAUAUAAAAUGCAGUACUGGAAAGAGUAUAUGCUGUGCAUCCAUGAUAUUCAUUGCAUAAGUUAAUUCUCAAAAUCCUGCUAUGAAACUAUGUUUAUUAGCAUAUUCCCCAUAUAAAAGGUUAGUCUCUAGUUCACAUGAUUCAUGUCAGGGCUUCAACACUCCUCUCCACACAAGCGCCAUGCUUGUUGUGAAAACGUUGUGCUUGAUGCACCCUUCACAAAAGGGUGAUUUUAACAAGCUUGCUAAUAGCAAAUUCUGAAAGUACAUGAAAUAGGUAAUGUAUGCUAUUGUCAUGCAAUGUUUUUUUUUCCUCAGAAUGUCAUUAUCCAUCUUGUGCUGUAUUUUGAUGUAUCUACAUAGACACAGCCUCUACUAGCUAGUAUGCUAAGAUGUUAGCUUGCUAAUCGAAGGCUAACUGAAAACACAAAGAACCAAUUAAAAGGUCUCAGCUUAUGGAAUUUCUUUGACAUUUAUUUGAUUAUGCUUUGAAAAGGCCAAAGUAAAUGAGGUCAAAGUUUAAAUUGUUUGAACUUUAAGUGUCAUGUUAAACAUCUGUGUGCCACACCCCUUACAAAAAUUUACCCCAAAAAAAUAAAAAACAUGGUUACUAGUUAAACCAUGGU